AUGGGAAGGCCAAAGAGUGCUUCAGGACAUAGUAUUACUGUUGAUCUGCCUAAGGAAAAAACCUUUACGGAGUCUAACGAAGAGCAGAAAAUUGCUCAAGGCAAAAUAAAUCCUGAAAUCAACAAGAGAUGGAGGUCCAUACUCCAAGAGCUGUUGGAGUUUCAGCAAGGGAGGGAUGCUCCAGGGAAGGCACCUCAAACCAAGCUCCCUACUCCUCCACCUAUCCAACAAAUCCAUCCUGAUCCAGCCGACCACAAGAGGAAAAGGGAGGAGAAAGGGAAGGACGUGAUAGAGGUUGGGAAAAAACAACCUCUCCAAGAGACCGAACCUCAAAGGGGGGCUAAGCAAACCCGGAUGAUGCAAAUGAGGUCCGCCGCUGAGGGGGAAGGAAGGGUUGACCACCGGACUGCAGCCCCUGUCUGGGCCCCUUGUAUGGAGUUGGAUGGAGCUCCCCUUCUUAGUGAUGCCUCCAUUCGAGACUUCCAGCAAGGCACGGCUGGGUAUGUGGUUGAUGUAGUGGAGAAAUCCCUGCUUCUAUCCAAUGACAUGGCUGACCUCAGAUCUAUGAGGCAGCAUGAAGUCUUCCUCGGAUUCAAAAGGGACUUGGCCAUGGCCAUCCAAGCCACCUUUAGGGCCGAAGAGAUAGUGAACCACUCCUAUUGGAGAAUGAAGGAGGAAGAGGGGAGGAGGAUAGCAGCCGUGGAUGCCUUCCACGUGUCUAAAAAAAGUAAUUAUGAGCUGAAGAGCAAACUGCAAGAGGAGGAGAAGGAAAGAAAAAGUGCCACCGUUGCCCUGAACACUGUGGAAAAGCAAGCCAAAGGCCAAAUGGUCGAGAAGGCCAAGGCUCAAGUUGAAAAGGCUAGGGAGGAGGCAGAGAAAGCUAGAGAGGAGGCUGAGCAACAUGAGUAUGACGUUGGGGUGGCCGAGACUGAGGUCGCCUUUAGGGCUGAGGUCCUAGGGGUAUGUAGGCUUUAUUGCACCCAAGUGUGGGACGAAGCCCUCAACCAAACUGGGGUUGAGGCUUCCUCUGCACUUAGGAAGGCAAAAAAUGUCUAUUACCUUGAAGCCAUCUGCCCUCCUUCCUCCAGCAGCUCUAAGGCAGAGACUCCUUCAGAGGUGGCCGAUCCAGAGAAGAGCAGAUCUGAGAAGGCCCUUCCCUCCUCUAGCAACCCUCCAAAGGUGGCUGAGCAGUCGGGGGUGAAUGAGAAAGAGGCCGAGGUUAUCAAGGGUGUGCCCCCUGAUGCCACCACACCCCCGGCUGUUCCCUAG